UCUACAUUGGCUUCAUUUUUCAGACCCAGAGUUUGCCGCCUGCAAAUGACCUCUUUCACAGCCAUUAACAGUUGCACUGCCUGUUAUUUAUGGUAGUUUAAUUGAUUUAUUUCCUCCUCUGCAUGCUCUGAUUGGCUAGUACUCGUUGCCUCAUUCACAGACUGUUUUAAGUUUAUUGCCGAUGAAUAAGAUUGAUGGAAGGUUGGUAGGGUUAAUGAUUCCAGCUCAUAUUUUCAUCAGGAUGGCAGCCUUCUUGUGUUGUGCUCUCAUAUGUAAUUACAAUGUUGUGAUUAUGGGAGCGGGCAGAGUUUAAAGGUGACAAAGUGGCCUUUGAAUGAUGAGUAAUGCCUUAGUCAUCAUGGCCUCUUCAAGAGCAACUUCCUCUUUUAUUAACCUUGAUGGGAAGCGAUGCAUCAAGGGAGAAAGUUUCACAGCACCUUUAGCAAACAGGCUGAUCAAAGUGUGUGCCGUCUUUGUACUGUACUUUUUGAAUGUCUGUCCACUGAGACAACAGCGACACACAGACACCUACUGUCUCGCUUUCAAGGAUAUAGUCAUCUUGUACAAAGGGUCUCCUGUGGUGCCUCAUUUGAACACUAAAGACCUAUCCAGAACUAAACUCACACUAUUGACUCUGUUCUAUAAACACUACAGUAAGAUCACUGGCUGUAACUAGUCCAGUUUGGAUAAAGAAAAUGUCCAAAAUCUCCACUGCCGUCUGCAUCCAAACAACUCCUCUCUGACCGGUGAAUGGAUGUAUAUUGAAUGUCUGAUCCGUCUGUGGGCUUUUCACUUCUUCUCAUGUUAUCUGCUGCACAAAGCAGAUAGCUGCACUGCCAGAGCUGCAGAGAGGAGUCAUUCUUCUGAUGCUUAAAUUAUACGAUAACAUCCUUUUAGGGAAUUUAUCCCCAGUGGACAGAUGUUUUAAUCUGGUGUGCAUGCAUGUACCCUUAUUGCCACUGGUAGGAGCUGUGGAGUGAUGAACAGCACUAUUUGAUUUGCUGCAACAUGUUUUAUGUGAAGGACAUCUGCGGAUUGUGACUUUUAUUUCAAAUGCAUGGAUUUAGGACUAAUCUAGUCUUUGAAUUAUGCAGGAGGGACAUCUCUAUACCUUCCAAAUAGUCUUAAAGGGAUUAAAAUCAUAGUUUUAUUAUUCUCCUGAGCUUUUGUCUUCUUGUAACGUGACCAAAAAUUCAUAUACGAGCACAUGAACGUGCCAUUUGAUGCACGCCAGUGCGUGCAUUGUGCUUCCCCGGGUUCUCCAACGGGUUAAUCUCAAGAACCAUGCGGGUCUUGAAAAGAAAAGGAUCCCUGCGUCUUUAAAGUUGAUGUAGCAACAGAGGGAUUGUAGCGAUAAUGCUAUUGGGGCGGCAGAUCAGUUACUUCUGCCGCUCCAAAGCCUCGGGGAGUUGGCUCAAGAUUACUUCUCUUUGAUAAGGUCCUCGCUGUGCAGCUGCAACUUCGUGAUCUGGGAAAUAAAGAUUGGUAAAAACGUGGCAAAUAAAAAAAAAAAUAAAAAAAGCAGCUCGCUGUUAGGGGGAAAUAAACCGAGCAACCUUUUUUAAAAAAAAUACGUUUCAUUCAGAAGUGAACGUUUCUGCGCAGCUCCGACACUUGUUUUGGUGUUCUUGUCGGAGGAACGAAGCUGCCAUUGUUUUUUAUGCAGCUGUCGGGACCUCGGCAGUCGGCUCCUCACUUUGAAGUGCGCUGCUCCAGCCUGUCGGCUCAGUCGGUGUUGGAGUCGCCUACAGGAGAGACCUAACGUGCGGCAUGGCAGCCUGAAACCAGAGGGAGGAGAAAAGGAGGAGGGAGAGAAAAGCGCUAUUUUUUUUUUUUCUUCUCCUCUCGAGUUUUUUUUUUUUCUCACCAUAAACCGACUCGAACCUGAACGGACUGUAUGUGGACGCGUCGCGGAGACGAGUACUGUGGAUUAUACGCGUUUUUUUUGUGUGUGGAUAAAAAAACAACAACAACCGGAGUUUAAUUUGAGGAGAGAACUCGUGGAUCGAUGAGAGAAGACGGGCAGCCAGAGAGAAGCCCCCCCGCUGACACGAGAGAGUGAGGAGAUUACAGUAGAAGAGGAGGAGGAGGAACACACGGGCUCUCUGCCGCUGCCUUCGGAGCCAUGAGCCGGGCGCUUAUGGACCACAUCGCUAGUAGUUUCCGAGAAGAUGCUCCUCGACCCCCGGUGCCGGGGGAGGAGGGCGAGGCGCCCUGCUACCCCGGCAAACUCUUAGCGAUGAAACCCCUGGAGCCCCCCAAGUCUGUUGUGCUCGGCUCUCCCGGAUCCGCGACCAGGAGGAACGAGGACGGUCUCGGGGAGCCGGAGGGCAGCGCCUCCCCAGACUCCCCGCUCUCCCGCUGGACAAAGUCUCUGCACUCUCUGCUCGGGGACCAGGACGGCGCGCUCCUCUUCAGGACCUUCCUGGAGCGGGAGAAAUGCGUCGACGCUUUAGACUUUUGGUUCGCCUGCAACGGCUUCCGGCAAAUGGACCUCAAGGAGACCAAAACGCAGCGAGUCGCCAAAGCGAUUUACAAGCGCUACAUCGAGAACGAGUGCAUUGUCGCCAAGCGGCUCAAGCCCGCGACUAAAACCUUCAUCCGGGAUAAUAUCAAGAAGCAGCACAUCGACUCCGCGAUGUUCGACCAGGCGCAGACGGAGAUCCAGAACGACAUGGAGGAGAACGCGUACCAGAUGUUUCUGACCUCUGACGUUUACCUCGAGUACGUGAGGACCGGGGGGGAGAACCCGAGUCACGUGAACUCGAUCGGCUUGGCCGACCUGAAAGUCGGAUGUGGAUACAUGCCCACGCUCAUCGAGGAGGAGGAGUGGAGUUGUGACUUCAAAGCCAAAGCGCUGGCUGGAUUGUCGGCAAAGGCGCAGAGGGCCACCGUGUCCAUGAGGGCGGUGGAGGUGAUGGAGAGGGGAUACAGAUCGUACAAGAGAGGAGACCCUCUCAACCCCGGCCAUGUGGGCUCUUUCGCCCCCGUCAGCAGCACCAACGACAGCGAGGUGUCCAGUGACGCCCUGACCGACGAUGCCAUGUCCGUGACUGACAGCAGUGUAGAUGGCAUCCCUCCAUACAAACUGGGCUCAAAGAAGCAGCUACACAGAGAGAUGCAGCGCAACAUGAGGAUGAACAGUCAAGUCUCUCUGCCUGCGUUCCAUCGUACUUGUCGUCCUCCCAAGGAGAUGGUCCCGAUGAAGCCGUUGGAGUUCGCGGCCCAGCUCAUCUCCCGCCUGGAGAGUCUGAAGAGCAAGCAGGACACCAUCAACUCUCUGGAGGAGAAGCUGCAGCAGAUUGAGGAGGAGGAGGAAAAAGAAGACACAGAGAUCAUGGGAAGCGCUCCCCACCCCUUGACCCUCCUCCCCGGCUCCUCUGACGAGGACCCCCAGGCCAUUCUGGACGAACACCUGUCCCGCGUCCUGAAGACCCCCGGCUGCCAGUCCCCCGCCGUCGUCCGCCACUCGCCUCGCUCCAGCUCCCCGGAGCACAGGCCCAUCACGCGGGCAGGCUUUGGAAUCAAGACCCUGGUGAGGACGGGGCCCUCCAGCUCUUCCGUCUCCAGUCCCGACCAAGGGGCUCUGGCCCCGGACCCCAACAGGACCUUCGUGAGCCGGCAGAGCACAAAACACAUCCACCACCACUACAUCCACCAUCACGCCACUCCCAAGACUCAGGAGCAGAUUGAGAGGGAGGCCGCCCUCAGAGUGCACAGCCUGUGCUCCAGCAGCGUCGAGUGCCAGCCUUACCAGCGCAGCCGCAGCCUGGGCAGAGAGAUGUGUGGGGCCGUCUCAACCGACGACAGCGUGGGGCGUUCCAGCUCUCUGUCCAGGCGCGUGUGUCACUCAGGGGCCGAGGAUGGAGUAGCAGAGCGGUGGAUGGAGGACGGCGGGCCUUCACAGCUGCCCAGCGACACAACAGACACCGCCCAGAGCGUGCUGCAGUGGAUCCUGGAAAGUAAACGACAAGGCAGGCACAAGCCUCACAGCAUCCAGAGCACCAAGAAGACCUUCGGCGGCUCCUCCGCGCAGACGCACACGUGGGGUGGGGGCGGAAGCUGCGGCCACCUGCGUAGCCACCAGCCGGCUCAGCCGUUCAUCCAGGACCCGGCCAUGCCGCCCCUGCCCCCUCCCAACACUUUGGCCCAGCUGGAGGAGGCCUGCCGCAGGCUGGAGGAGGUCUCCACCAAGACCACCAAGCAAAGGCAUCCGAUGUCCAGUCUCCAGCAAGAGAAGAGCCACCUAGUGCCUGUCCAGGCUGAGGGGUCCGCCCCUCUGUCUCUGGCCAAUCCCGGCCCCGUCGGCCUCGUCGCGUCCGGCCCCGGCCUCCAAUCAGAAGAGACGAAGGAGGGUAAAAAGGGUUUAGGAGGCGAGACGGUGGUGACGUAUUUCUUCUGUGGUGAGGAGAUCCCCUACCGGAGGAACAUGAAGAGCCACAGUCUCACCCUGGGCCACUUCAAGGAGCAGCUUCGCAAGAAGGGCAACUACAGGUACUACUUCAAGAAGGCCAGCGAUGAGUUCGAGUGCGGCGCCGUCUUUGAGGAGGUGUCGGACGACGGCUCCUUGCUGCCCACCUACCAGGGCAAGAUCCUGGGCAAGGUGGAGCGGAUGGAGUGAGACCUUCCCAUGUUGUGGAUUUUAAAACGGACUCUUCACACACCUCCGUGGAUGUACUCCCUCCAUAUGCGCGCGCGCACACACACACACACACACACACACACAGAGUAUGUGUCUUUUAAGCUAAGGCUGUCGGACCGGAGAUGCCGCUGAAGGAAUGUUAACGACGUUUUGGACAGAUGGAUCGGAGGAACAAAAAGGAAGGAGGACAAGUUAUCGCCAUUACAGGACUAUCAUGUGAAAAGCCUGUCUCGAGGUGAAGAAAAUAAGACUGCUUUGCUGGACUGAAACAUCCAGAAGAGAAAAUAGAGACUCUAGGUGAAUGACCACUCCUCAAAGAAGCCGGGCGGUGGGCUCAAAUGUGAGACUGACGGCCUACCCGACCCUGCCUGUGCUGGCAUCUGCCCACGGGCACUCGCUAGCACGCCGCUAAUAUGUAUACGCAGGUAUACAUGUACAUUGUAUUGUGAUGCUCGUAUUGCUGUGUAAAGAUUUCUAUUGCUAUUUAUUGGAAACACCCCCCCCCCCCCCAAACCCCCAUUACUCCUCCAUGGACAAGCUGCUUGGAGUUGGAGAAACGUCUCCAAAUUUCCACAAUCCAUGAUUUUAUUCCCUUCCUUCCUUCUGAGUGUCAGUUCUCAGGCAAAAGGAAAUGGGUUUUAUUCAUUUUCUGCCCCUCAUAUUGAACUGUAAACUUCAAAAAUACCUCUUCAAAAACAACUCCACUCCUGUUCCUGGAGAUUUAGCGGGACGUCAUCUCCGAUCUCUUGUCCGGAGAGCUUACUGCUGAAGCUUUGAGAGUGGCUCUCUAUCGCUUAAAAGUUUGAUAAUAUAUUUACUACUGCAGUGCUAUAUGUCCCCAUCGGCUCCGAGUGUACUAUGGGAGAAAAAAAAAUGGGGGGAAAAAGAACAAAAAUGCCAUUAAUGUUUAAUUCCCAUCUCUGGGACUGUGCCCAGCUCGCCUUGAUCUGUCGCGUCUUAGUGCCUUUGUUUCAGCGGCGCAGGCAUCGCACAAAUAGCCUACGUAUUAACGAAGAGGAAACUGCCCUGAACAGGUCCUAGAGUCCCCAAAAUGUGUUUACACCAAUAUUAAUAUUUACCAACAAAAAGCUCUAUCGUGUGCUCCCCAAUGUGCUUACCUAUGUGAUUGUGUGACUGAGUAGAGUUACUCUGUGUGUAUUUGAAACCUGCACUAUGAGCUGCAGGUGGUGGUGAUUUAUACACUAUGUCCAUAGUGUUUUAAUUGAGUACAGUAGCUGUGCCUACAUGGAUUCUUGCCGUGUUUUACCCAAUUUUCAGGGUCCUGUUACUCCCUUGGUUUUUACAAGGGGCCUUAUGUUGAAAAGAUAUUUUUAUGCCUUUUAGUAUCCGUUUCAUCAUGUUUUAUGUUUUAUAAUAUUUUUCAUGGCUUCCUUGGCUCCACUUGUAAACUGUAAAUAAUGCGUUCUAUAGAGCUCAGUUGAAAAGAUGCCUUGGUACUUUAAUUAUUGUAAUUAUGAAGAGAUGCAGCCUUUAUUAAAAUGUUCUAUUUUUCAAAUUA